UUUUUUUGAAGUUUCUGAAAAUUCUAAAUUGUUUGUUUUAAAAACUUUUUGAAAUUCUAUGGUCAUGGAGCACGCGAGAGCUUGUCCCAAGUUGCCAUGGAUGAUCGAUUUCUUCAGCACGGAAGAUGGUAGAGUUCCGAACGCCCAGCUGAAAGCCGCGUUCGCUUCAGAUCAGUUGAGUUAUCAGAGCAAAUUGGAUUUCGAGUCCAAACCGGCUAGGAAACGAUUGACCAGCAUCGUAUGUUCAAUAGGUCCUUCCAGCAGUUCAGUCGACGUUUUGGAGGAUCUGAUAACAGCGGGAAUGUCGAUAGCCCGAAUAAAAACUCCUUUCUUUACGCAAAUCGAAGCCAUCCAGAUGGUGGCUAACAUCCGGUUGGCGGCGGACAACGUGAGCCGGAAACUGGGCUCGAUGUAUCCGGUGGCGAUUGGAUUCGAUCUGCGCGGACCCGAGAUUCGUACUGGAGUAUUGAAGCAUCCAUCGGAUGGUUCGGUGCAGCUUCACCAAGGCAACGAAACCGUCAUCACCUGCGAUCCGUCAUACGAAGAGCACGUCACCGAAGACAUGAUCUACGUGGAUUACCAGAAGCUGCACGAAGUGGUCGAACCCGGCGAUCGAUUCUACUUGGAUAAUCACGUUACUUUAUCCGCCUUGGAGAUUGUGGGCAGUUUCAUACGUUGCAUCAUCGAGACUGCGGGAAGGAUCGGAGACAGGGUGAGCGUGAGCAUGGACAACUCUAUAUUGGAUCUACCUAGUAUUAGCGAGGUGGAGGUCGAGAGGGCCAAAGAACUGGACGUGGACAUCAUCUUCGUGAGCUCGGUGAAGAGCAAGGAGGUGAUCGAAGAGGUUCGCAAAUAUCUCGGGGAUGAUGGGAAGCACGUAGUUGUCGUGGCGAAGAUCGAGAACGAGCUCGGUGUUAAGAACAUCGAGAGCAUAGCCAAAGAAGCUGACGGUAUUCUCUUGUCGAGGAAUAAUUUAGCUAAUGAGAUUGCCGUGGAAAAGACGUUUUUAGUGCAGAAAAUGAUCGCGGCUGUUUGCAACAAGUUGGGUAAACCGAUGAUCUGCGCUCCACAAAUGCUGGAUUCUAUGGUCAGCGCGUUACAUCCGAAACGCUGCGAAGUGACUGACAUCGCCAACGCGAUCCUCGACGGCGUCGACUGUUUGAUGCUGUCCAGGGAGACGGCGUGCGGCGACAAUCCCGUCGAGUGCGUGCACACUCUGAGCGGCAUCUGCAAGGAGGCCGAAGCCGCAGUCUUUCAUCGGAAACUCUUCGAGGCGCUCACGCAGGAGGUGCCCAUCUUCAUGGAGCCCAUCUACUCGCUUUCCAUCGGUGUCGUGGAGGCUUCGGUCAAGUCUUCUGCAGCGGCGAUCAUCGUCCUGACAACGUCCGGACGGACGGCCAAGAUCAUAGCAAAGUAUCGACCUCGCUGUCCCAUCAUAGCCGUGACCAGACACUCCCGCGUUUCCAGGCAACUGAGGAUGUACAGGGCCGUCGAGCCCAUCCACUUCAUCAAGAAACCCUUGAGCGAUUGGACGCAAGACGUGCGAAGGAGGUUGCAGUUCGCCAUCACAUUCGGCAAGUAUCUGGGAUUCAUCCGGGCUGCAGACACCAUCGUCAUCCUGACCGGAAAUCGCCCCGGCACCGGCUUCACCAACACCAUGAGCGUCUACUACGCGUCCCACUUCGAUGCCAUCGACGAAGAGAUAGAAAAACAAUUCCUGAUGUGACUCGAUUUUAUCUUUCUUCAUAUUCACUGUUUACGUUAAACAACACAUUUACUCAUAAUUAAAUCAUUUAUUUAAGCGA